UGACAAGAGCAGGCCCAUAUUCAGCCACCUCAUCCAGGCCUUAUCAAAGAAGAGUCUUAUAUGAGAUCAAAUGGCUGCCUUUCCCCACAAGAUUAUAUUUUUCCUGGUAUGCUCUACUUUGACACAUGUGGCUUUCUCAGCAGGAAUUUUCAAUAAACGUGACUUCACUAGGUGGCCUAAGCCCCGAUGUAAAAUGUAUAUCCCACUGGACCCUGAUUACAAUGCAGACUGCCCCAAUGUGACAGCACCUGUUUGUGCCUCAAAUGGCCACACUUUCCAGAAUGAGUGUUUCUUUUGUGUUGAACAGAGGGAAUUUCAUUAUCGUAUAAAAUUUGAAAAAUACGGAAAAUGUGAUUAAUGGGUACUGGAGUAACUACACUUGCUUAUUCUUUUUCUACUUAAUUCAGAAUAGUAUUUCUUUUGGAGUGUGAGGAUGUAAAUUAAAUAACAUCCCUAUGCUGUACUUAAACGUCAAACAAAAUGAGAGACAAAAAUGAAGGAAUCAAACUGACAAGAACCAAAUAUCACAUUUGUUACAAAUAAACAACAAAAGAGCUGA